AUGUUGGGGGGCGGGGCGGAAUGCUCUGACACACUGGAGCAAGCCCCCUGUCCCUACCCCCGGGGCUGGUUCUUGCCCCAGGGUAGCUUCUCCACCGCCGCGCAUCGCCCAUCUCCCUGGUUCCUCCUGUGGCGGUUCUGCGACCUCCCGCCAGAGGGGAGCACCUGGGCGGUGUCCCCAGCCGUCCUCCGCCGGCCUCCCGGCGUCCGGGCCCCCAGCGAGCCCAUGGAGCCUGCCGAGCCCGCGGAGCCCGCUGAGCCCCCGGAGCCGGCGCGGGGCGCGGCCCGGGCCGAGACGCUGCUGCGGGAGUUGGAGGCGCUGGUCCAGGACGUGGUGCGCUCCAGCUCGUGGUGGGAGCGCCGCGGCGUGGACUGCACCAUCCUGGCGCUCAGCCUCCUCGCCUUGCCUGCGGGGUUCCUGUGCCUGCGCUCGGAGAAUGUGCUGGUCUUUGCCACCGGCAUCACCAUCUUGGGUGUGUGCCACUCCACGCUCACUGUCAAGGGCAGCCACCUGGCCACUCACGGUGCCCUCACGGACUCCAAACGCUGGAGUAAGAUCUGGCUGCUCUUCUUCGUGGAGGUAUGCACGGCCUUCACUGCAGAGUGCGCCAAGCACGGACACGUCAAGAUGCACCACGCCUACACCAACGUGGUGGGCCUGGGGGACUCAAGCACGUGGAGGCUGGCUUGCCUCAACCGCUACGUCUACAUGUUCCUAGCUCCUCUCCUGCUCCCGAUCCUGACCCCACUGGUGGCCAUUGCGCAGCUGAGGCAGGUGGAGCUGAGGACGGCUCUGCGGACGCUGGGCCUGAUCUCCCUGGGCCUCUAUUCCCAGUACUGGCUGCUCCUGAACGUGUCGGGCUUCAAGAGCCCCAGCUCUGCCCUGGUCUGCAUGUUCCUCGUCAGGUCCCUGCUGGCCCACCCCUACCUCCACGUCAACAUCUUCCAGCACAUUGGGCUGCCCAUGUUCUCCCUGGACCACAAGCCCCGACGGAUUCACAUGAUGAGCCUGGGGGUGCUUAACCUGACCCGGCUGCCCCUGCUGGACUGGGCGUUCGGCCACUCGAUCGUCAGCUGCCACGUGGAGCACCACCUCUUCCCCAGGCUCUCUGACAACAUGUGCCUGAAGGUGAAGCCCGUGGUGUCCCAGUUCCUCCAUGAGAAACAGCUGCCCUACAACGAGGACUCGUACCUGGCUCGCUUCCGCCUGUUUCUCCGUCGAUACGAGGAGUUCAUGGUGCAGGCCCCGCCGAUCACGGAGCUUGUGGGGCUGCAGUGAGGCUGGGCCCCUGCGGCCAC